CGUGCUCCUGCCGCCAUGCCGCGCAACGCAGCCUGGCUGCUGCUUCUGGUGGCCUGCGCAGCCCUGCACGGAACCUGCCGGGCCGAGGAGGCCGCGACCCCUGAUGCUGUUCCAGAAACCCCGCCCGCUGUGGCCGCCCCCGCUGCCAAGGACCGCCAGUUCCGUGCCGGCGCAAAGACCCGCCCCUUCCAGAUGCAGAAGGGCGGGGACCUCAACCUCAUCGGCCAGUUUGGCGUCGGCUUCUACUCCGUCUACCUGGUGGCGGACUAUGUGGAGGUGGUGACCAAGCACAAUGACGACAAGCAGUAUGUGUGGGAGUCCAAGGCCGACGGCUCCUUUGCUGUGAGCGAGGACACGGAGGGCGCGCCGCUGGGGCGCGGCACCCAGAUCAACAUCUACCUCAAGGAGUCGUGCCAGGAGUACCUGCAGGAGGACAAGCUCAAGGAGUUGGUGCAGCGCUACUCCGAGUUCAUCAACUUCCCCAUCUACAUGCUCACACACUCCACCGUGGAGAAGGAGAAUGUGCACGAGUACGAGGACAAGGAGUUUGCCAACGUGUCCAAGGAUGACCUCAAGCUGGGAGACAAGGAUGCGGGGGAGAAGAAGGCGGACAAGAAGCUCAAGGAGGAGUUCAAGGAUCUGGCCAAGUGGUGGAAGGAGAGCCUGGGGCCGGCGGUGGAGAGCGUCAAGGUGUCCAAGCGGCUCGCCACCACCCCCUGCGUGGUCGUCUCCUCCAAGUACGGCUGGUCUGCCACCAUGGAGAAGAUUGCGCGCUCCCAGACGCUGGGCGACAGCGAGCGGGCCAAGUGGAUGCGCGGGCAGCGGACGCUGGAGAUCAACCCGCGCCACCCGCUGAUCCGGGAGCUCAAGGCGCAGCACAUCGCCGACCCCGAGUCUGCUUCAGUCAAGGACAACGCGCAGCUGCUGUACCAGACGUGCCUGCUGGAGUCGGGCUGUCUGCUGGACGACAUGAAGGAGUUCAACUCCCGCGU